AUGUGCGUGAAUGAUCGAAUUAUAUCCUUUAACGCUUGGUAUGCCCAGAAACGUUCCCUGGUAUCAACUUCAGCAUCCGAUACGAAGGAAAAAAACAGUUCCGCAAUUGUUUCUACGCCCUUGAUGGAUCUACGAUCGGCAGACGACCGCGCCAAACGACGACUUGCAUUUCCCAACGAUACCAACUUUUCAGUGAUUCCAUUUCCGAUUGAAUGCUUGAAGGAACGAUCCUUUGAACUACCAGCCAGACAUGUGGAAUUUGCCAUUCUAGUACGGUCCAGCGAUUUGCCAAAGGCUUCUUCCUUUUUGUUGGGAUCCACAGACAAUGCUCGUAAACGAGCGCAGAAACCAUGGUUGGUAACGAAUAUCCUGAUUGAUGAUGCAGGGCUCUGGGAGCAGGCCGAGAAACUAGGUUUGGUGCGAUGUGACGAGGAGGAGGUGGCCUAUCCAUUACCGCGACUGUGGCAACCUGACAAAAUGGUGGAAACCGUCGUACUGCCACUACUCAUGGAAUCCCUGAGAAGCGUGGAAGAUCCGAGCUACAAACAAGAGGGAAAUAUGACGAAGUAUGACCACGCUAUCGAAUCGGACUACGAGGUUUGGGAUUUGGCCAGUGGGGCUGCUCGAGACGUGACAUUUUUGGCCGAAGAGUUGAAGGCGGCGCAAGUUCCGUUUCGACGAGUGGUGGGCAUUGAUCAUCGGUACAAUGCCAAGGAGCAGGGGAUAGUGAAUGCAUUCUGGGAACGACGAGGGGUGGGAAAGUUGACAUCGUGUAUCAAGAUGGAUUUGUCCACCUUAGAGAAGGGUGCAGAAGAACUAUUGAAAAAUCGAAAAGUAAUCGCGCUCUUGGCAGUAAGAUUUUGGAAGCCAUCGUUGGUCGAAGCCAUUGCUCGAAACAGUAGUGGUAGCCUGAAGAGUGGGACAAUUUUUGCCAUCAGCCAUUUCUGUAAACCCUACGAUGGGGCACCAUGGAAGUUUGAACACCCUACUGAAAAGACUGUUCUGCAACGAAGUCAACUGAAAGAACUCUUUGAAACAAGCAAGGGCGAAGAUGAUAGUGCUACUUGGGAGAUUUUGUAUGAGGAAAUUGCCAUGGAUUCUGAUCACGGCCGGACUAUGAUUCACUUUGUAGCCCGCUUACGAUAA